AUGCUCGACGAUCAUGGCCCGGGACUCAGACUUUACUUGGCUACAUCGGCUUUGGUGCUGGCUGUCUCCACCUGUUACCGAAAAUAUCGGGGCAAGCAAUCGGGACCCCCACUUCCACCUGGUCCUACACCCCUCCCAAUACUGGGGAAUGUUCUGAGUCUUGAUGUCGCUCAGCCUUGGCUGACCUUCAAUGCAUGGAGGUCCACAUACGCAAUUCUGCCGUAUGGAGACAGGUGGCGCCUUCACCGACGAAUUUAUCAUCAGGCAUUUCGUCAAAGUGAAAUACACACUUACCACGCUGUGCAAUUGCGUUGCGCCCACAAAAUGUUGCUCCGUGUGCUACAGGACCCUAGUGAAUAUUCAAAACAUUUCGAGAUGUUUAGCACUUCGUUUGUACUGGCUAUAGUAUAUGAUUAUGAACCGAAAGUUAGGGAUGAUCCCUUCGUCCACAUCAUGGAAAAAUAUUUGGAUCGGAUAGUCACAAAUCUGACGCCAGGUGCUACUGUGAUACUCGAAACAUUCCCUUUCCUUUUGAAGCUACCUAACUGGUUUCCUGGUGCCACAUUCAAGCGAGCAUCGCUGGAGUGUCUCAAGGCAGCCCAUGAUAUAAAGGAGAUACCCUUUCAAAUGGUCAAAGAGAGAAUGUCUACCGGCGUCACAGCACCUUGCUUCGUGACUGAUACUUUGAAUAGGAUGAGGGGUUUAGACGACACCGUCAUUACAACUGCAGUCAAGGAGACUGCUUGUAUAACAUUCGCAGGUAUUCAAGCUACAGAACUUUUCCCCCAUGAUGGUUAUUGUUAUUUCUUUGUCGUGGUAAUCAUCUUGCCCUCGGCCCAGACUACUUCCACGUUGCUUGUGUUCAUUCUUGCUAUGGUGCUCAAUCCAGAGGUACAAGCCAAAGCACAAGCAGAGAUUGAUGAAAUUGUUGGCAAAGAUAGACUCCCAGAUUUUGAUGACAGACCAGCGUUGCCUUACGUUGACGCUGUUUUGCGUGAAACGUUCAGGUGGUACCCUGUGGUUCCGUUUGGUGCCCCAGGCGCAACGACGACGAGUGACAUCUACAAAGGCUACUUCAUCCCUAAGGGUUCGGCAAUCACACACGAUGAAAAGAUGUAUCCCAGUCCUGAUGAAUUCAAGCCAGAAAGAUUUCUUCAUGAAGAUGGGUCGCUCACUAGCGACACGAUGCAUUUAGGCUUCGGCUUUGGUCACCGGAUGUGUGUGGGACGGCAUGUCGCAGAAGCAUCACUUUGGAUCGCGAUGACGAGCUUUCUCGCCAUGUUCUCAGCCCACAAGGCUCUUGAUGAGCACGGCAUAGAGAUCCCAGUCGUUCCAAAGUUCUCUACAGGUGUCAUUAUUCAUCCGGAGAAAUUUCCCUGCCGCAUUGUCCCGCGAUUCCCAGACACGUCUUUGCAGACACUGAUGCACUUGACUGGGUUAGAUCCGUGUGUCGAUAUCGCCUGA